AUGUUGUCACAGGCUGGAACUAAUGGAUACAUGGCUCCUGAAAUCUUAAAGGAAGAAAGUUAUAGUUAUCCUGUUGAUUGGUUUGCUAUGGGAUGCAGUAUUUAUGAAAUGAUUGCUGGUCGAACACCAUUCAAGGAUUACAAAGAAAAGAUUGAAAAAGAUGAAGUUAAAAAAAGAACCAUAAAUGAUGAAGUGCAGUUCCAGCAUGCUAAUUUUGAUGAACCAACAAAAGAAAUCUGCAAACUCUUCUUGGAAAAGAAUCCUGAAAAUCGUUUAGGAAGCAGGAGUAAUGAUGAUGAUCCCAGGAAACAUCAAUACUUCAAGUCAAUAAAUUUUCAUAGGCUGGAGGCAGGUCUUAUUGAUCCUCCCUUUGUGCCGGAUCCAUCAGUCGUUUAUGCCAAAGAUGUUGCAGACAUUGCUGAUUUUUCUGAAGCUCGGGGAAUUGAAUUUGAUGACAAAGACAUUGAAUUCUUUAAGAGAUUUUCUACUGGUGCUAUCCCAAUACCCUGGCAAGAAGAAGUUAUUGAAACAGGACUCUUUGAAGACCUGAAUAACCCCAGCAGGUUACCCGAAGCUGACUCCAAAUCUGGAAUUUGUUUACUCCUAUAAAUCUUAAAUUAAUAACAGAAACGGUGGGAAUGCAUAAUUGAAUCUUCCAAGAUUUCAACAGCUCAGAGAAGUUUAAUAAACUGUCACUGAUAUCCUAAAGGCAAGCUGAUGAAUAUGUCCUUUUCCAUGCUGGAAAUUUUAUGAUAAAGCUUCAAGAUUCUUUUAUAAUAGUGAAAUAAUUUAAGAACUUGUGAUGGUUUCUGGACAAACAAUCGUAGCUAUUAGGACACAUCACUCUAUUUGGAACUGCUAUUAUUUUAUUAUAAUUCCAUAAUAACACACCUACCUUCUUUACAAAAUGGACACUAUUCUUGCAAAGAACAACAAAAUUCAAAUUGAUUUCAGUGAUGUAGAGAACUCAGAACACUUAUUUAAAAUGCUUUCAGGCACAGGACUAUUUAAAAAAACAUUAUUCUUCCAUUUCUUUUCCUUAAAGUGAAAAUAAACAUUAGAAAUGGUAGAAAAAAGUAGGAAGUUUACAAAUAAAAAAGGUAAAUGUCUGGAACUCAUAUAAAUGCUGUGAAUAAGAUGGCAAUUACACAAUAAAAUUCUUAUCUGGAAGAACUUUUAACUAACCCUUAUAGCUUAUCUGCACUGUAGAUUAAGCAUUAAUUUAUCAACGAUAUUUUUAAUACUGAUUUCAAUUUCCUAUCAGAUUUCUUGAUAGGAUCUUUUCACAUUGAUGAAAACCAUAGUUUAAAUUAAACAAAUUGACUGCACCAGUUUGUAACUGGUGUUUAAGUAGACAAAUACAAAUGGAAUAGAAAUGUUUAUUCAGUGAGCAGUGAAUUUAAUACAAUUUGUUAACAAUGUUUACAAGUGCAUUAAAACUUUGCAAAAUAAUAUAGUUAUGUUUGUAUAGCAUAAAUAUAAUCAUCUGAUUAGUUUUGUGAAUGUCUCAUAUCCAAAACCCAUUUUUUGACAUUCUGAAACUAGCUUGUUCAGACCAAAGAAUGUGCACUAAAAAUGUUGAAAUUCAUCAUUGACAGUAAACUAUCACUUACACAAAUAACUUAACUAAGAGUCAAUUUCCAUGUUUGCACUGGAAAUUAUUUAUACAAGGAAAAGUUCACUCAAUUCUCCCUUCCCAAUCUCUUAGUUGUUUUAAAAAAUAUGGCCAUUCUGCAGAAUAAAAAAAUUAAAAACAAUUAGAUAUUCUGGGGGAAUUGAUGGCUGAAGAAUCUGCAGAGCUAUACUCUCAUAAAUAUGAAACAAUAAAAUAUAACCACAAUGAUGUUUCAGAGUACUUAACUUGUUUCCAAAUUUAUUUACAUGGAUAUUGCCACUCUGUUUGGCAACACAAACUCACUGAAAUGUUUCUGAUUCAAUACAAUUAAGUAAAAUAAACACUUAUUCCAGUUUAUAAUAUUGUGUUCAUCAAUUAAUUUAUGUGGCUGAAUUU